AUGCCCGAUGUAUUCUUCGAUAUACACGACGAAGAGGAGAACUCUGGAAUUCGUGCUGAGCUUUGCGCGCUUUACCGGCGAUUCAAGCUUCGGAACUUUUACCUGUUGGCCGUUCGUCUCGAUUAUCACACAGGCGAACGAUGGUGCAGGAAUGCUUCCUCCCAGCUGGCGGAUGAAAUCAAGAAGAAACAUCCGUCGCGGGAGUUGGGUGACAGUGAUCUAAAGAAAUAUCUGGAUGAAUACGUUCGACUUGGUCAAAGGUACAAUAGAUGGGCUGAAGAAUUAGGUGGCCCUGGUUAUUUACUUGCGUUACCAUUGGAAAUUACGGAAAGAGAAUAUACAGACAGACACUUUUCUCGAUAUAUUCCAGCAGCAAUCGAAAGAUUUCGUGAGAAUGGCAUAGAUCAAGUUGUGGAAAUAUGGGGUCUUCAUGUCUUAGGAAAUCAUAUUGCCGACAAACUGGCUCAACCCGGAUGUUCAGAUGAAUCGCUCAAGCGGCCGUUGACGAAGUCAGCGAUGAGAUCCAGGAAAAAAAGGAGAAAAGUCUUAGAUAGGCAGGCUUCUUCCACGGAAGAUCAAUCUACGGGACUAUUAGACUUUCCAGAUCUCGAAAGAGCAAUAAAUGCUAUGCCGCAGAUCGAUCGGUUGACUCCAAGGUUGCAGAAGGAGCUCGACUCUAUCGAUCCCUGGGAUGCAGAGUUCCCUCCUGCAGUCGCGUCCGACAUAGACCACACGAGUACGGACACAGCUUCUACGGGCUCAGAGAACGCAUAUGAUAUUAGGUCACAGAUCGGUCCCUGGAAUGCAGAGUUCCCUUCUCUUGGCUUAGGGAACGACGGCAUCGAUCCCUUGAAUGCUGAGUUCCCUCAUCUACUCGCGUUUAACACCGACCACACGAGUACGGACAUACCUUCCACGGGCUCAGAGAACGGAUAUACUAGGUCGCAGACCGAUACCUUAGGUGUAGGCUUCCCUUCUCUUGGCUUAGGGAACAACGCCAUCGAUCCCUUAAAUGCUGAGUUCCCUCCUCUACUCGCGUUUGACACCAACCCCACGAGUACGGACUUGCCUUCUACGAGUUCAGGGAUCGUAUUUGAUACCACGUCGCAGACCCAUCAUACGAGCGCAAACUUCUAG